CAGCGAGGUGGUGGAGCGGCGCACGGUGCACCACGAGAUCCGCUCGUCGACGAGCGCGCAGCCGCAGGCGUACACGGCGGUGGCCGGGCCGGCGCCCUCCGUCCGCCAGCAGGAGCCGUCGGCCUCCUCCGCCACCAAGGAGCUGGACGACCUGAUGGCCUCCCUCAGCGACUUCAAGGUAAAGGAGGAGCCCGGCGCGACCUCGCAGGUGGCGCAGGUCGUGGAGCUCGUUCGCCACAAACCGCAGCAGCCGCAGUCCGGGCCGCCCUCCCACGCCGCGGGGCUGGCCGCGGGAGGCGGUGAGAACGCAGGAGGAGGCCGCACACUCACGAAGGGGGACGACGACCCGCUGCUGGCCCAGCUAGAGGAAGAGAUCCUGCAGGGGACGGCCAUGUCCAAGAAGGUGAAGACGUCCGUCGAGCGGCACACGCACAAGGCGGCCGCCGUGUCCGAGCGGCAGCAGCAGGUGAGCGCGUCCGCGAACGGGGCGCCUCGCCAGGAGGAGCAAGCCCGUCCUCCGUCGGUGCCGCCGCCCCGCCCGCCGGUGCCCGAAGAGACCGACCUCCUGGCUGUGCCCCCACCGCGCCCCCCUGUGCCCCGAGGGUAUUCCGACACACCGCUCCCCCCCGAGGCCUAUGUCUUUGGCGGGACAGUGGUGACGCAGUCGGUGCUUCCGCGGGUAGGUGGAGGCGUCUUCGUCGAGCGCAGACACGUAGUGGACGGGCCCGCAGACGACCCCUUCAACCGGCCGCCCUCCGGAGGCCCCGUCAAGAGGAACGACGCCGAGUACCGGUGGGUGACGGACGCCACCAAGUACGAGUACAGGGAGGUCGUUGAUUUCCCGUGUGUCUCGGAGAGAAUCAACGCCAGCACCCUCCAGACGCAGGUGGAUUCCGCCUACGCCAAGCCGCAGAAGUCGGCCAAGAGUCCUUCGCCGCCCGCGCCCGCCCCCGCACCUCUCAAAGAACCGACGCCGCCCAAGGAGCCCUCGCCCACGCCCACGCCGCCCCAACCGAACCAGCUUGAUUCUAUGCUCGGUUCCCUGGCCUCACACAUGACUGAGCAGGGCAUCACCACCACGCAGAAGGGCUGCUGCAGCGCCUGCGACAAACCCAUCGUCGGACAGGUGAUCACAGCGCUAGGCAAGACCUGGCACCCCGAGCACUUCACGUGCGCCCACUGCAACCAGGAGCUGGGCACCAAGAACUUCUUCGAGCGCGACGGCCGCCCGUACUGCGAGGUCGACUACCACAACCUGUUCUCCCCGCGCUGCGCCUACUGCAACGGCCCCAUCCUCGACAAAUGCGUGACGGCGCUGGACACGACCUGGCACCCGGAGCACUUCUUCUGCGCCCAAUGCGGGAACACGUUCGGCGACGACGGCUUCCACGAGAAGGACGGGAAGCCGUACUGCCGCGACGACUACUUCAACAUGUUCGCGCCCAAGUGUGGCGGCUGCAACGCGCCCAUCAUGGACAACUACAUCUCCGCCCUCAACGCACAGUGGCACCCGGAGUGCUUCGUCUGCAGGGACUGCCGCCAGCCCUUCAACGGAGGCUCCUUCUUCGACCACGAGGGCAUGCCGUACUGCGAGACCCAUUACCACGCCAAGAGAGGCUCGCUGUGCGCAGGAUGCCACAAACCCAUUACAGGUCGCUGCAUCACCGCCAUGUUCAGGAAGUUCCACCCGGAGCACUUCGUCUGCUCGUUCUGCCUCAAGCAACUCAACAAGGGCACCUUCAAGGAGCAGAACGACAAGCCCUACUGCCACGGGUGCUUCGACAAGCUCUUCGGCUGAGGAGGAGGCACGUGGAGGGCGCGGCCGGCGUGGGGGCAGCCCGCGCUGGGUGGCCGGAUGAGCGGUGGUUCGCACAAAGAGGGUGUGAGGCGACGAGACGACCAACCUUGUUUACCAGGAGGAGGAGAAGAUGGCCGCGUGAACUGUGUAUAUAUUCCAUAGGACAAAAAAGAGUAGAUAUAUUUCCCGUUGUAUUAUUAAUCUCUGUGUGCCUGUCGGGGCGAGUAGAGCGAGCGGAAAGCGGAGCCGACGUUACUCUCGUGAUCGGUGAAAUGCCAUGUUGUUUCCGACCCCACACACGGCUCGUUAGGACCCCAGCACGCGCACUGUGUCGACUUGGUUGUAGCAACUUCCCGGAUCAGACGCCCUGCUCACACCAAGAUGGAAAAGCAAAGUAUUACCAAGUGUUGUGUAGUGAUUUUGUAAUUUCAUACUAUUUGAAGUUGCUGAAGUAUUUAAACGUUUUGGCAAGAUUUGAAUACAGGGGGAUGUUCUUAUUUCGCAUGUUGGUUUGGUAUGUCAAGGUUCUAACCGAUUUUUUAAAUAAGGUAUUACACUACGCUCAGAAAAAUAGAUUUUUUUUGCGGGAAAUAACAAACGCUAUUAAUCUGGUGUCUAAGUUUAUAUAUAUUUUUUCCCAAAGUUUUUGUAGGACAGAGAGUGCAUUUACACUUAUUUUGGUGUUAUGAUGGUAUUGGUGUUGUGAUUAAAAUAUAUUUAUGUGUUUAUUAAGGAUUUAACAGACUUUCCAGCAGGGGCAACAGUCCACAACCCCUCGAUCAAAACUAGCAGUUAGUUCAGAUAAAAAACAUGCCUUUUAACUAAUUUCUUGCACAAAUUUUGCGGAUUUUCUCUUUCUCUCUUAUUUUAGAUGCAUAUAUAUGUAUUCAGACAUUGAAAAUGGGUAGAGUUCCUUACUGGUGCAAAACAAUAUUAUUUUUAAUUAUUGUUAUUAUAGUUGUGCGCAGAUGCUAACAAAGCACACAUAUUUGCUUCUUCCUUCUGUAUGCUAGAUUUAGGAGUAAGCUAAACAGUUCUCCCCCUGAAUUAAACUUAUAGCACAAGAAAGCAAUACGUUUAAAAAUGGUGAAGGUAUCUAUUUUUUGUUUGCUAGAGUGCAAUAGAAAUGUUAUUUAUAUGACAUCAGUCUCGUUUAUUUUUUCGUCUUCUAAAAAGCAAGUAAAGUACGUAUGCCAUUCUGAUGUAGCAGGACAAAAGACCUCGAAGAAUUUCCUGUUUUUGUCACCAUUAUGAUUUACAUAAUCCUUUGCACUGUGCUGUUAGUCGAGUAUUGAUAUGUGAAGUAUGGUAUGACUGCAUCACUGCCACAUCUUUUUAUGAAUAUUGCCAUCUCUGAGCUCAAAGGUUACAGGCGAGUGUUUUAUAUUGUUUUAGUGCACAUUUGCCAUGGAAAUGUUGACAAUAGGAUGCAGAAAUCACAUGUAAAGACAGUGGUCUAUAUUCGUUGCAGCAAGAGGUUGCAAUUAAUUAUUGUAUGUGAAAUGUUAACAAGUAUAUUUUAUUGAUAUGAAAUGUUUACUGACAUUAGUUCAUCUGUACUUGUCAUUAGUUUUAGAAUUACCAUUUUUUGUAUAGUACUUGUGUAUUUUCAUACUGUCUUGAAUAACCAGAUGGGUCAUUCAAUAAUACCUUUUUGCUUCCAUUUUAUGACUAAUAUUUUGUUUCUCUUUUCCCCCCAAAAAUGUAUUUAUUGGAGAGUGGGUCUGGUUUCAGAAUUUUUGCUCAUCUUUGAAGGUACUCAGAUUAUGCCAAUGGAAUAAUCACAUCCUGUAGUUUUAUUCAUAGAGUCGAAUCCCAUCAGAUGAAGAUUUAUUGCGCAUGUACAGAGGUAGAGCUACCUAGCUACAUCCCCCCCCCUCCCAGGUCAAUUUCAAAAGCUAUCAGGAAUCACAAAUUUCAACGUAAAACUAACAAUGGAGUCCCAUGUUAGCUGUAAGAGUAAAACUAAGUCAUCUUUUUUAACAGGUGUUAGCGCAAAUUAAAGAUAUGUCUGCAUUGAGACAAAGUCCAUGUCACAUUUUAAAUUUUGAUUGCCCCCUUAUAUUAACACAAUUUCUCAUUUCUUGUGUGUUCGUAUGUUCUAUACUGAUUAUUUGUUUGUGCUAGUUAAAGACAAAUAUUUUACCAAUAAAUAGAGAGGUGUUUUUUUUAUUAAUUAUUUGUUAUUUUUGGGAAAAUAAUUAUCUGUCAGGGAAAGUGAAAAUAAAUUGCUUCUUGCUUUACAGGCCCUGUAUGAUUUCACACUGAAAGAACGUUUUCCAACCUAGUAAAUGCUCAAAUAUAUAAAAGAUCAUAAUAUAAUUAGUGCCAGCAGAUGCAGAUUCAGAAGCCAUACAGGAUGCCUUUCAAGUGAGAUUAAAAAAAAGUGUACAGACAUAUGCAAUGUAUUUUAGGAAUUUGGGUGUGAUUUGCCACAUACUGCACUGCUUGGUGGAAGGGCAUUUUACCAUGCUAGGGAUUACACUUUGCUGUGUUACUAGCCUUCACAUCCUUUUUGUCAUCUGUCAAGCAUAUGCAGUAUUUUUAUGCCAUGUCCUUAUGCUAUAGUUCAAUAAAACACCACAAUUUUAA